UGUGUGGCUCAUAAUCUUCUCUCUUCACUUAACAAUCCAAUUCACUCAUUUCAUUUCUGUUUUUUGAAACUCAACGAAAAAUGGACUGUUGCUAUUCUACUAAACUUCCAUCGCCUUCCAUAUUCAACCUUCAGGGUUGUUGGUCAAGUGUUGGCAGAAAAUUUUCUAAGAAUUCUUUACAUCCUCAGUUGCUGUCCUCUCCACUUCCUAAACCAUUUCUUCAACUUAAUGACAGAGAGAGGUGUUGUGUUCACCAACAAAGUGGGUUUAGAACAUAUAAAGGCCGCAUAUCUGCAGAAGCUGGAAGACAGACUUGGGACUUGGGAAGAUUUUUGAAAACCUUGUAUUUCUUUAAUGGGCCUCCCUCUCCCGCCAAGUUUGUUGAAUCUAUAAUUGAGAAAUUAUCCCCCAAAGAGCAAACAAAGUCAAUGGCGACUUCUGACAUUGUCCUGGUUGCGGGAGCCACAGGUGGUGUAGGCAGAAGAGUAGUUGACAUUUUGCGGAACAAAGGCUUCCCUGUCCGAGUAUUGGUCAGAAAUGAAGAGAAGGCAAGAAGGAUGUUAGGCCCAGACGUCGACUUGAUUGUUGGAGAUGUUACCAAGGAUAAUACCCUUGUCCCGGAGUAUUUUAAAGGAGUGAGAAAAGUUAUUAAUGCCGUUUCUGUUAUUGUUGGCCCGAAGGAAGGUGACACCCCGGACAGAGCAAAAUACAGUCAAGGAAUCAAGUUCUUUGAACCAGAGAUAAAAGGUGCUUCACCUGAAAUGGUGGAGUAUAUUGGCAUGAGAAACUUGAUUAAUGCUGUUAAGAAGAGUGUUGGAUUUCAAGACGGGAAACUUCUUUUUGGAGUUGAAGAUGGAACUUUUAAAGAUCUCCCUUGGGGUUCUUUAGAUGAUGUUGUAAUGGGAGGGGUUAGUCAAAGUACAUUUCAGAUUGAUCCAACUGGAGGUGAAGAUGGUGGACCAACUGGGAUUUUUAGAGGUGUUGUUUCCACCGCCAACAAUGGUGGCUUUUCUAGUGUCAGAACAAAGAACUUUUCUGCACCAGAAGAUCUUUCUGCAUAUGAUGGUUUGGAACUGCGUGUAAAAGGAGAUGGUCGUCGCUAUAAGCUUAUUGUUCGCACCAGUCGUGAUUGGGAUACAGUAGGCUAUACAACAAGCUUUGACACGUUAGAAGGCCAGUGGCAAUCAAUUCGUCUACCAUUCUCAACACUGAGGCCUAUUUUCCGAGCAAGAACUGCAUCAGAUGCACCACCCUUUGACUCGAGCAAUAUCCUAUCAUUGCAGCUUAUGUUCAGCAAGUUUGAGUAUGAUGGAAAUCUGAAUCCUACAUUUGUGGAAGGAGCAUUUCAACUUCCUGUAUCUAUCAUUAAGACAUAUAUAAAGGAACCUGUCACUCCCAGGUUUGUACAUGUGAGCUCUGCAGGAGUGACCCGACCUGACAGGCCUGGACUGGAUCUAAGUAAACAACCUCCAGCUGUGCGCUUAAACAAGGAAUUGGACUUUAUACUUACAUUCAAGUUGAAGGGGGAGGAUCUAUUACGUGAAAGUGGAAUUCCCUAUACAAUUGUGAGGCCAUGUGCAUUGACUGAGGAGCCUGCUGGGGCGGAUCUUGUUUUUGACCAAGGCGACAACAUAACGGGCAAGAUAUCAAGAGAAGAGGUUGCUCGGAUAUGCGUUGCUGCCUUAGAGAGUCCAUUUGCAUGCAACAAAACUUUUGAGGUUAAAAGUGUUGUUCCGUUCAGUGAGCCAUUCACGGUGGACCCUGAGAAUCCACCUCCAGAGAAGGAUUAUGAUGUAUAUUUUAAAAAUUUGAAGGAUGGUAUUACGGGGAAAGAAAUGUUAGAAAACAGCCCUGUUUCAGUUUGAUGCGCGCACACAGCAGAAAUUUUGGCCUUAAGGUCGACAGAUUGGAGACCUAUUGAAGUAAAUAGGUGAGAGAGAUCCUGCAAUUUGCAUCUUAUUCUGUAUCUGUACUUCUAUAUAUUUCUACAUUUGUUUUGUGUGUAUAUAUAUAUCUCUUAAUGCUAAUGGUCAGUAAUGACUGCAAUAAGUUUUAGUUCAA